GACCCACUACUUCCGGGUACGUCAUCACUCUCCGUCACCGGCGCUUUGACAGUCCUCGUUACACUUGGGUUCAGUUUUAUCAAAGUUUCCUGUACAGCUCGUGUUUAUUGGCGAAUAUUAUGGCCGAAGAGGCAGUCGCUGACAAAAUGAGUGAAUUGAAAGUUAACGAAGGCAAAAAGGGGGGAGCUGAAGGCAAAAAGAAGAACAAAGGAGCAGCAGGAGAGACUGCAGGAAGAGCUGAGCUCUCACCACCUCCCGAAUACAUUGAAGAGCGCCUGUCGUUAUAUGCCAAGUUAAAAGCCGAGCAUGAUGCCCUGAUCGCACAGCGGGCUUCAAACGAGAGCAAGCCCAUAAAGGUGACACUGCCUGAUGGAAAGGUUGUUGAUGCUGAAUCCUGGAAAACUACUCCUUACCAGAUUGCUUGUGGCAUCAGUCAAGGUCUUGCUGACAACACAGUGAUUGCCAAAGUAAACAACGUUGUGUGGGACCUGGAUAGACCUUUAGAAGAAGAUUGCAGCCUACAGUUGCUCAAGUUUGAUGAUGAAGAGGCUCAAGCUGUUUACUGGCAUUCGAGUGCUCACAUUUUGGGAGAAGCUAUGGAGAGAGUGUAUGGUGGCUGUCUCUGCUACGGGCCUCCUAUUGAGAAUGGCUUCUACUAUGACAUGUUCCUGGAAAACGAAGGAGUAUCAAGCAACGACUUCCCUGGGUUGGAAAACUUGUGCAAGAAAAUCAUUAAAGAGAAGCAGCCGUUUGAGCGACUGGAGAUUAAGAAAGAGACAUUACUGGAAAUGUUUAAGUACAACAAGUUCAAGUGCCGCAUCCUCAAUGAGAAGGUCACCACACCUACUACCACAGUGUACAGGUGUGGCCCUUUGAUUGACUUGUGCCGAGGACCCCAUGUUAGACACACUGGGAAAAUUAAAGCCCUCAAGAUCCACAAGAAUUCAUCUACAUACUGGGAAGGAAAGGCGGACAUGGAAACUCUCCAGAGGAUCUAUGGCAUAUCGUUCCCUGACCCGAAAAUGCUCAAAGAGUGGGAGAAGUUCCAGGAGGAAGCCAAGAACAGAGACCACCGCAAACUGGGCCGGGAGCAGGACCUGUUCUUCUUCCACGACCUGAGCCCUGGCAGCUGCUUUUUCCUGCCUAAAGGUGCCUACAUCUACAACACCCUGGUUGAGUUCAUCCGAAGUGAAUACAGAAAAAGAGGGUUCCAGGAGGUGGUGACCCCAAAUAUCUACAACAGUAAACUGUGGCAGACGUCUGGACACUGGCAGCACUACAGCGAGAACAUGUUCUCCUUUGAGGUGGAAAAGGAGACGUUUGCUCUAAAACCCAUGAACUGUCCUGGACACUGCCUGAUGUUUGACCACCGGCCGCGCUCCUGGAGAGAGCUGCCUCUGCGCAUGGCUGACUUCGGCGUGCUGCACAGAAACGAGCUGUCGGGGACGCUGACGGGUCUCACCAGAGUGCGCCGAUUCCAACAGGACGACGCACACAUCUUCUGCUCCAUGGACCAGAUUGAGGAUGAGAUCAAAGGCUGUCUGGACUUCCUGAGGACUGUGUAUGACGUGUUUGGCUUCACUUUCAAACUCAAUCUUUCUACGCGGCCAGAGAAGUUCCUGGGAGAGCCACAAAUCUGGGACCAAGCAGAAAAGCAACUUGAAAACAGCCUGAACGAGUUUGGUGAAAAAUGGGUGCUGAACCCCGGUGACGGAGCGUUCUAUGGACCAAAGAUUGACAUUCAGAUCAAGGACGCUAUUGGCCGAUACCAUCAGUGCGCUACUAUUCAGCUCGAUUUCCAACUGCCGAUCCGCUUCAAUCUCACUUUCGUCAGUCAUGAUGGAGAUGACAAGAAGAGGCCCGUGAUUAUCCACAGAGCUAUCCUGGGGUCAGUGGAGAGGAUGAUUGCCAUUCUGACGGAAAACUACGGAGGCAAAUGGCCUCUGUGGCUGUCUCCGCGCCAAGUGAUGCUGGUGCCAGUGGGACCGACCUGCGAAGAGUACGCCCAGAAGGUCCGACAGGAGUUCCACAACGCAGGCUUCAUGAGUGACGUGGACCUGGACCCCGGCUGCACGCUCAACAAGAAAAUCAGGAACGCUCAGCUGGCCCAGUACAACUUCAUCCUGGUGGUGGGAGAGAAGGAGAAGACCAGCAACACGGUGAACGUCCGCACCCGGGACAACAAAGUGCAUGGCGAGCGCAGCGUGGAGGAGUGCGUGGAGCGACUGAAGCAGCUCAAAUCCUCCAGAAGUCGGAACGCCGAAGAAGAGUUUUGAAUAGGCUGAAUUUGUCUACGGUUAUAGUAGGUCCGGUAACUAUAUUUGUCAGAAUUCAAAAUGGAGUCUGGAUGUGCGAUGGAGGAAAGCUCUAUUUUUUCUUUUUUUUUUUUGUUCAAUGUUGUGAUAUUUUUGUUGUUUUUACUCUUCUAAAUGCAGUGCUGUAAUAUGCAUUGUACAUAAUCAUGCAGCGCUUAAAGGUGCACUGUGUAAUUACUCGUUUCCAUGGAGAUGUUAUUGCUUUGCCUGUAAUGUACCAUAGUGUGGAAUUAACCUUUCAUUCAUUUAUAGGUUGAAAAACAUCCAAUUUUACUAUGUGCAGGAUCGCUUCUCCACAGAUGUGACCUUUAUUUGAAGGUGUAACCUGCUCGUCUCCAUGGAAAUAGAUGUUUAAUACUAUACACUGUGGAAUAUUCCAGGCAAAGCAAUAGUAUCUCCAUGGAGACGAGCAGGUGGCAGACCGUCCACCAGAAAAUUACACAGUGCACCUUUCAGAAUAAGCAGAUUCUCCAACGAUAACUGUAUGUUUUAGAAUGUUAAAAGCGCAAUGCAGCAAAGGGAACGGUCGUCGAAGCGUCUUAACGAUUUUCUAAUUUGAAACAUCAGGGAAUUGUUCAUGAUUUAUAACGACUGAAAACUAAAAUGUUUUUCAAGCGUCUUUUCAGAUUCUGAUUCUUGUGGUUUUGUGGUUUAUCAGUUUAAAUCUUCAGUCAUUAAAAUGCUUUCCAGUCA